AUGAUGGCCACCGCGACGUCGCCCAGGCCCCGACGCCACCACCGUUCCUCGACCGGAUCGUCCUUUGACGCUGGCUCGAGCGCGUUUAGCCCGCUGGCUGUGCCUCGCCGGGCCUCGUCUGCGUCUGUAUCCGCAUCGGUAUCCGCACCGGCACCGGCCCCGAUCACACCUCCCGCUCCCCGUGUGCGCAAGGCUGCGUUCCAGCUGGGCGGCUCGAGCGAAGAAGAGGAAGACGAGUGUCCGCUCGUACGAGAAGUGAACCAGCGAGCACGCCAGUCGAAGCUCGACGACGAACAUUUCGGUGAUUUCUCAUACGAUGCCGCACGAGCCAAGGCCGACUCUGAAAAGCAAGAUGUCCCGUUCCCGGUCGCAUCUCCCUCGCCCCAGAAGACACACAUACCGCUUCCUCCGCUGACUAUCCCGGACCGUGAGCCUACGCCAGUUGCACGCUGCGCCUCGUCCCCGUCGCUCGCGCACCCACCCAAGCCCACCGCCAUUCCGUCAUCGGCCUCGUCCACCAACUCCUUCAACUCGGGCGCUUCCACCCCCAUAUACCUCAAAAACGGACGCCAGCUCAAGCCCAGUCUCAAGUCGCGUGUCAGCUUGUCCUUGAGCACCUCGGACGUCGCCUCUAUGCUCGCCCACGCCAAGAGUGCUCCCUCUACCCCACGCGUCCACUUUCCCACUCGCGAGAGGCUCGAAUCGGUCGUGCUCUUUGACAAGCGCGCUCGUCCGCUCGAAGUCGCUGCCGGAGACUCUCCUCUGGUGUCGCCUCGCUUCUACGACGAAGAGGACAGCUCGAUCCCGAGCCUCAAUCUGCGCAUGCGUCCCCAGUCGAGCUUCCCGUUCCCGAACAUGUCUCCCCGCGGCUCGUCCAACAAUCUGCAAGGCUUCUCUGCCGCACUCAUGGCCAAGACAAAGCUCAAGAUUGCUGUCUCGCGCAGUGCACCGCUCCAACCCACUCCCCACACCGAUGCCCACGUCCAUCUCGCCGCCAUCCGUCUCCUCGGCACCCGUCUCAGCGGGAGCGUGCUUGUCAAGAACGUCUCGUUCAACAAGCGGGUUUCGGUCAGAUAUACAUUCGACAGCUGGGAGACAACAUCCGAAGUAUCCGCCGCCUGGUCUUCUCCCAACGCACUUGCCGAUCUCCCCAAGGGCGAGGUCAAGCCCUUUGGCGAGGAAGAAACAGACUUGGACAUUGCCAGAGGAAUCAUGGUCCCCGUCCCCACUGGCUACGACCGCUUCACCUUCAACGUCAAACUCGACGACGUCGCCCCAUACCUCUCUGCCCGCUCUCUCCUCAUUGCCGUCAAGUUCGAGGCAUUCGGCGUCGGCGAGUGGUGGGACAACUGCGGCGGACGCAACUACCGCUUCGAGUUUGAUCAUGUUCCCAGAAAGGACAAGGAGCCCAAAAAGGAAGAAUCCACUCCUACUGCAUCCACUACUCCCACUCCCGCUCCAACUUCCAAACCCACUGGCCGUCCUCGCUCGAACACCUCCCCUGCUCCACUCAACUCGGACGCUACCGUCGCCGACCCCGCCAGCGCAAGCCUCCUCAGCGCCAAGCUCUCGGUCGCUCUCCAGUCCGACUCCGUCCCUUCGCCCAAACACUCCCCCGCCCGCCCGACUCUCAAGCUCGAGUUCCCGAGCGACGAGACCAUCAAGGACGAUUCCACCCCUACUCCUCGAGCCACCACCCAGCACAAGCCCCUCACCCCGCCUGACUCGGCCUCGUCUUCCCCGCGCGAACCUCCGGCCCAGCUUCCGGCCGUCAAGUCCCAGUCCCAGCCGCAACCCCAGACCCAGGUGUCGCUGCCCUCGCCAGAAGACUCGCCUUCCUCGGGACGCCGCCAGUCGAGCCCCUUGCCUUCGCCUUCGGCCGUCGAAGCCCCCGCACACAGCACCACCAACGUCAAAGACCAGUCCUAUGCCGACUUUAUCGCCAAGUACUGCUUCGCCGGUGCCGCCCCUGCCUCUGCCCCUCCAUCCCGCCCGACCCCUGCCCCUUCCUAUGGCGGUGCUCCUUCUACUGCACCCUACAACAAUAAUAAUAACCCAGGCUAUACAUCCUUUGGAAGCUACCCCACACCUUCGUCUGCCACUCGCCCCCAACCGGACUUUGGCUGGGCUUCUGGCCCAUCUUGGUCCAGCGUCGGAUUCAACUAUGGUGCUUCCUUUUCGGGCGCAGAUCUCUAA